UCCCGCCUUUUCCGAGCUCCGUGGGCGCCGCCGUCGGUAACGGUCGGCCUCCGUCGCCGGCCCCGAGCCCGGCCCGCCCGGCGCGAGGACCAUGCUCUUCUACUCCUUCUUCAAGUCUCUGGUGGGGAAGGAUGUGGUCGUGGAGCUCAAGAAUGACCUGAGCAUCUGCGGGACCCUGCAUUCCGUGGACCAGUAUCUCAACAUCAAGCUGACGGACAUCAGCGUCACAGACCCAGAGAAGUACCCCCACAUGCUGUCCGUCAAGAACUGCUUCAUCCGAGGGUCGGUGGUCCGCUACGUCCAGCUGCCGGCCGACGAGGUGGACACGCAGCUCCUCCAGGAUGCCGCCCGCAAGGAGGCCCUGCAGCAGAAGCAGUGACCCGCGCCCCCCCCCCAUCCGCCCCCCGCCACCCCCCAGGGCCACGGUCCCUGGCAGGAGCUCAGGGGCUGGCGGGGCGUAUUUUCAUUUUUCAGGGUUUGAGUUUAUUUUUGUAACUUAGCGGGGGAGAGGGGAAUGGGAGGAUGGCGGGGCGAAGCGAUUCCCCCAUGAAACGCCCCAUCUCAUCCCCCGAUUUCCUCCCAGUCCCCGCCACCCCGGGCCAGAGGGGCCUCUGGGGCCUUUCCCGUAUCGGGAAUAAAGUUUUGAGUUGAAGCGUGA